UAACUGUUGUAUUCUUUUUCCAGGGACGUCUUCAGUGUUUUCUGUGUCGCUUGAAACCGUCCUUGCAGGACAUGAGAACUGGGUGUGUGGAGUCCACUGGCAGCCUCCUGUCUACAAAGAUGAUGAGCUGCAACAACCAGCCAGGCUCCUCUCUGCCUCUAUGGAUAAAACCAUGAUCAUCUGGGCUCCUGAAGAAGGAUCGGGCGUCUGGGUUGAGCAGGUGCGAGUAGGGGAGGUGGGCGGAAACACUCUGGGCUUCUACGGUUGCCAGAUGAGUCCUGAUGGAUCUAUGAUUGUGGCUCAUGCUUUUCAUGGAGCGCUACAUCUCUGGUGUAAAGAUUCCAAUAAAGAGGAGUGGAGACCAGGAGUGGUUAUAUCAGGUCACUUCAGAGCGGUUCAAGACCUGAGCUGGGAUCCCGAGGGCGAGUUCAUCCUGAGUGUGGGGUCAGACCAGACAACCAGACUGUUCACUCCCUGGAAGAAGCGAGACAACAAACAAGUGACCUG